AUGUUCUUUAAGCUCACCCUUUUGACACUCAUCCUGCGACUGUUUCACCACAUCCGCUGGGCACAUUGGCUUAUCUGGGCCGGUAUUGCGGCUACCACUACUCUCUACACUUCACUUUCCGUCUUCAUCUUGACCAACUGUGUCCCUAGGAAGGGUCAGACUUGGCAUUACACAACCUACUAUGGGACUUGUACAAUGGCACAGGAGCGAAACUCCCUGGUGAAUGGUGUUUUCGGGCUUAUAUCUGACCUCUACAUUUUAGCCAUCCCGCUGUGGCUGCUGUCUCAUUUAAUCCUCCCAAAUAAGCGGAAGCUUGGGGUUAUGGGUGGUUUUCUUACCGGUGUAUUGACUUGUGGUUGCUCCCUCGGAGGUAUUGCUGCGCGCGCCCUUUCGAACCUAGAAGACGGAACAUGGAGCAUUGUCUAUGUGUUUGGCAUUUUGGAACUUAACAUCGGCCUCAUUUGUGCCUGUAUGCCUGUCGUGGCGCUGCCGUUGAAGGCCAUUGGUGCCAGCAUAGCAGCGUCAUGGAACUCUCUCAGAGACUACUCCCGUACCCGACUCCUCAAUCGCUCAAACAGAAAACUGGAAGGGAUCGACGAGUACAACAUGACGCACAACCCUUCAUAUCAGGACGCGGGGCAUCAGCUGCCACAGAUGGUCAAGGGCGAUGGCGCCAUAACCGGCCUCAGGAGCUUCAUGCGACGAGCGUACCGAUCCACCGCUGGAGCAGACACACAAAAGACUGCGCCCUUGCCGACUACGCAACAGAUCAAGACCCCGACUCUUAUUACGGCAGAUUAUCCCUAUGACUACCAUGACCAGCUCAAGAACAUUCAUUUAGUAGAUAUAGGUGGAGGAAGCAAUUAUGUCAGGUCUCAUCCAUCGCCUCAGCCCCCGAUGCCGGCAGUUCUGCAGCGAGACAAGUGCUGA